GGGCCGGGGGCGCCGCCGGGGCGCCCGGGGCGGCGGCGGGGGCCGCGGGGGCCCGGGCGCGCGGGAGCGGGAGCGGCCCGGGGAGCCGGAGCGCACCAUGGAGGCGGCGGCGGGCGGCCGCGGCGGUUUCCAGCCGCACCCGGGGCUGCAGAAGACGCUGGAGCAGUUCCACCUGAGCUCUAUGAGCUCGCUGGGCGGCCCGGCCGCCUUCUCGGCGCGCUGGGCGCAGGAGGCCUACAAGAAGGAGAGCGCCAAGGAGGCAAGCGCGGCUGCGGUGCCGGCGCCGGUGCCCGCGGCCGCGGAGCCGCCGCCCGUGCUGCACCUGCCAGCCAUCCAGCCGCCGCCGCCGGUGCUCCCCGGGCCUUUCUUCAUGCCAUCCGACCGUUCCACCGAGCGCUGCGAGACCGUGCUGGAGGGCGAGACCAUCUCGUGCUUCGUGGUGGGCGGCGAGAAGCGCCUGUGCCUGCCGCAGAUCCUCAACUCGGUGCUGCGCGACUUCUCGCUGCAGCAGAUCAACUCGGUGUGCGACGAGCUGCACAUCUAUUGCUCGCGCUGCACGGCGGACCAGCUGGAGAUCCUCAAAGUCAUGGGCAUCCUGCCCUUCUCGGCGCCCUCGUGCGGGCUCAUCACCAAGACGGACGCCGAGCGCCUGUGCAACGCGCUGCUGUACGGCGGUGCCUAUCCGCCGCCCUGCAAGAAGGAGCUGGCCGCCAGUCUGGCGCUGGGCCUGGAGCUCAGCGAGCGCAGCGUGCGUGUGUACCACGAGUGCUUCGGCAAGUGCAAGGGGCUGCUGGUGCCCGAGCUCUACAGCAGCCCGAGCGCCGCCUGCAUCCAGUGCCUCGACUGCCGCCUCAUGUACCCGCCGCACAAGUUCGUGGUGCACUCACACAAGGCGCUGGAGAACCGGACCUGCCACUGGGGCUUCGACUCGGCCAACUGGCGGGCCUACAUCCUGCUGAGCCAGGACUACACGGGCAAGGAGGAGCAGGCGCGCCUCGGCCGCUGCCUGGACGACGUGAAGGAGAAGUUUGACUAUGGCAACAAGUACAAGCGGCGGGUGCCCCGGGUCUCCUCCGAGCCGCCGGCCUCCAUCCGAAAAACAGAUGACGUCCCCUCCCAAGUCCCCACGUCUUCUGAGAAGGACAAACAGUCUGGCUGGCUGCGGACCCUGGCCAGCUCCUCCAGCAAGCAGAGCCUUGGCUGCGUUCACCCUCGCCAGCGCCUUUCCGCUUUCCGACCCUGGUCCCCUGCGGUUUCUGCGAGUGACAAAGAGCUCUCCCCGCACCUUCCGGCCCUGAUUCGAGACAGCUUUUACUCCUACAAGAGCUUUGAGACGGGUGUGGCCCCCAACGUGGCCCUGGCACCGCCGGCCCAGCAGAAGGUCGUGAGCAGCCCGCCCUGUGCCACCGUGGUGUCCCGGGCCCCCGAGCCUCUGGCCACCUGCAUCCAGCCACGGAAGCGGAAGCUGGCCGUGGACACCCCCGGAGCCCCGGAGACGCCGGCGCCCGUGGCCGCCCCAGAGGACGGCAAAGACUCGGAGGCCGAGGUGGAAGUGGACAGCAGGGAGGAAUGUACGUUCACCUCCUCCCUGUCCUCCCUCUCCUCCCCGUCCCUUACCUCAUCCAGCUCCGCCAAGGACCUGAGCUCCCCGGGCAUGCACGCCCCGCCCGCCCUGCCCGCCGCCCCCGAGGCCGCCGCCCCCGCGGACACCGCGAGCGGUGGGCUGGAGGCAGAGCUCGAGCACCUGCGGCAGGCCCUGGAGGGCGGCCUGGACACCAAGGAAGCCAAAGAGAAGUUCCUGCACGAGGUGGUGAAGAUGCGCGUGAAGCAGGAGGAGAAGCUGAGCGCCGCCCUGCAGGCCAAGCGCAGCCUCCACCAGGAGCUGGAGUUUCUGCGCGUGGCCAAGAAGGAGAAGCUUCGGGAAGCCACGGAGGCCAAGCGCAACCUGCGAAAGGAGAUCGAGCGCCUCCGGGCAGAGAACGAGAAGAAGAUGCGCGAGGCCAACGAGUCCCGGCUGCGCCUGAAGCGGGAGCUGGAGCAGGCGCGGCAGGUGCGGGUGUGCGACAAGGGCUGCGAGGCCGGCCGCCUGCGCGCCAAGUACUCGGCCCAGAUCGAGGACCUGCAGGUGAAGCUCCAGCACGCGGAGGCGGACCGCGAGCAGCUGCGGGCCGACCUGCUUCGGGAGCGCGAGGCCCGGGAGCACCUGGAGAAGGUGGUGAAGGAGCUGCAGGAGCAGCUGUGGCCGCGGCCCCGGCCCGAGGCCGCCGGCAGCGAGAGCGCGGCCGAGCUGGAGCCCUAGCGGAGCCCGCGGUCGGCCGGGUGCGGACGCCGCGGGGGCGGGCGGCCCCCCGCCCCGCCAGCCGGGGGUCUCUGCCCCUGCGCGCCGGCGGCCCGCCCCCGCGUCCACAUAGCACAACGUCUUACUGUGCCUAUAACCAAGCGAGCGUUUGGAACCACAUACUUUUGGAAUCCACUGCAAAAUUUUCUACUGGCCAAGUUCGAGUGUGCAAGCCGGGUUCCCAGCGGAGCCGGGGCCGAGGCUCCGUGCCCGCCGCGGUCCUUCUGCUUGCCGGGACGUCCUACCAUUUACAUUUUUGUUAUAAGCUAUUUAAAACCAACGAGAAGACUUGAUACUCAGAAAAAUCAACAGGUUUUUUAAUGACUAACUUUUCAAAGCCCCACCAACACGUGACGCCAUCUGAGGACCUGCUAAGGGAGCCGGGGCGCCGCCCCGCAAAGCCAUCUCAGCUCGUCCGCGCCCGCGCGAGGACAGGGAGGGUUUUCUCCAGAGUCUAUUUUUUCAGCGACAAGGACCCAGGCCGCCUGUGCCGGCCGCCGGCGCCCCGAGCCGGAACACUGCCGCCUUCCGCCUGCCCGGGAGCCGCUCACCUCCGCCACCCUCCCCCGGCCGCCCCUGUCGCGUCGGGACUGAGGCCGCAGCGUCGGAACAAAAACAGCAUUACUUCACUUUUUUUUUUCUUUUUGUUUGUUCAUUUAAACGUAUAUUUAGAACUGCACUUUGUCAAAACUCUUCCCUUCUCUUUUUAUUCCCCAGUUAACUGAGGUUUUUACUUUUCAAAUAUUGCAGACCCAUUUAUAGAGCAGUCCACAUCCUAAGUGCUCGAGUGUUUAGAAACCCCCUCUGGUGCUCGGUUGAACAAGGGAAUCACAAAACGGAAAUGCAAAAGCUGAACUUCGGGGGGUAGUUCUGUGCCUUCCAGCAUCUUGUACAGCAAAUCCUGACUCGUCUUUUUACCCCCGAGACACCUGUCUUCAGUCGCGAUCGAAUCUGCCACUAUCAGAAUAAGUUACUUGCAUUUAUUCCAGAUAAUCUCGUUUACUCUCAACUGUUCAUGCAAAUUGUAUAAGGUUUUUUAUGCCCAAGCUUGAAAAAUGAUUUCCCAGUAGACAAGAGGCGGCUACCCAUCCUGAAAUUACGGUAUUUAUUUACGUGAGAAAGAUCUUAGCCAGGAUUCUUCGCUCGACCCCGUUCUAACGCCGAGGCAGCUGCCAGCGCGCACGGAGGUGGGGACCGCUGGCUGGCGCAGGUGCAGACGCCGCCCGCCGCCGUGACCAGCAGAGGCUUGGUGACCGUGUCAUCUGCAGGGUUCUUGCCCGUGGUUUACCGGGGGGGAGGGGGGAGGGGCGCAGGUGCUGCUGGACCCCCCUUCUAAAGUGCAAUGCAAAAGGGACAUCAUAUAUAUGCAGCGUUUGUUUGGAUUUUUUUUUUUUUUUGCUUUUGUUUUUCUUUUGCAGUUAUGAAAUCUGUAUGCAUGGAAUGUUAAACCUCUGCCAUAUGUAUACCCAUCGAUGGGCAUUAUUACCGGGCCCUGUGAGGGGCCGGCUGUGCUACACAACACGCAGAAUGCUGUGUUCAGCCUCGUGUUUCCGGAGUUGUGUUUUUUCAGUCAUUUCUUCAAGGGAAACGAAAUGAUUUAGCUGGAGCAGACCUUUAAGUGUGCUUCUGUGUGACUGUGCUCUGUUGCCGAGUCUGAAAGUCGUGAGAGAUCAAAGGGCCCGUGGGCCUGUCGCCCGGGCCGUCCGUUUGCUUUUCGGUUUUUUAGGCCCCAGCGGGCGAUGAGCUUCUCUAAGUUCUGUGCAGGCACCUUCCCCGCCCUCCCCGCCCCCACCCUUGCCCUCGCAGUGCCCACCUCCGGUCACCGUCUAGGCCGUUGGGUCCACGACCCCACUUGCCAGCUUUGCCCCAGGACGUUGGGAAAAGCUGGCCAGGCCACGGCAGCUCGCACACCCCCCCCCCCCCCCCCCCCCCCGCCCAGGCCCGCCCCUCUGUCCCUGUCUGAGGCUCCUGCGGCCUCGCCAGAGCUGGUGCGGCGGGGACCGGCUGUCACGGGCUCCCUGGUCACCAGCAGCUUGAGCCUUCCCGGGCGGCUCCCGGGGGCAGCUGGGGGGCAUAGGCUUGUUCCGGCCGCUUCCAUCCUCGGGGGUGGGGGGUGGGGAGGGCCGGGCCGAGGGUUCGCGCAGCCGCAGAAGGGAGAAGGGGGGUCUUGUAGGCUGUUGGCUCUCCCUGUGUGUAAUACCCAUUACCCGAGUGACUGUGCACCCGUUUAAUUACUCAUUAUUUCUAUGCUGAAAGAGGAUUUUUAACGAAGGGAAAAACAGCAAUAACAUUCAUAUCUUUGGAGCAGCUAACUCACACACAUAAUAUCCUGCUUUUCGUACAGAACGAGCCCCGUGUAAAAACAGUCCCUGUGUAAAUACCUGUCCUCUACACUGUCGUAUCUCCCGCGUAUACGGUGGUUCCUUUUUCAGAAACUCUUUUCUUACCUGGUAGUUGUCCUGUUUUCUGGGUUGUUUUUAACUGAGGAAGAACAGAGCUCACCUGCCGGAGGGGACGGACCCUCUGCCAGUCCCCGCAGCACCCUGCGGGCUCCGUCCUGCCCGCCCCUGCCCGCCCACCGCGUCCACCAGGCUCGAGAGGCCGUCUUGUUCUUGCUUUAAGUCAGGAGUCACAAGCGACAUUUUUUUUCAAUUAAGGAAAAAAACCACAGCUCUACCUUUGUACCUGCCGGGAGCGUCUGCAUCGCCGUCCGCGUUUUCUCCUCUGCUGCUGCUAAUGACAACAUGGUGACUUACUCUACUAUCGAAAACUAUUUUUAUGUAAUUAAUGUAUGCUUUCUUGUUUAUAAAUGCCUGAUUUAAAAAGAAAAAAGAAAAAGCUUGGCAUAUUUAUCUACUUCGCUGUGUACCCGUUAGUCCUUUGGCGCCCCUCCCCCAGACAGAAGACAUUGUACAAUAAAGGACUUUGAGCGUA